GAAUUUGUAUUGUUGAAGAUUCUAAUUUUCUUAUUUGGAGAUUCAGUGUACACAAUCCCCUUGAAUUCCAAAUAGAUCCAAUAAGAUUUGAAGAAAAAUUAUCUGUCUCGGAAAUAAUCGAAAAUAAGCUGUCUGUACUGGUAGUUAAAGCUUAGUGGAUAAGCACAGUCUUUUGUAAGGUGCAAAGACAUGUGAUUUUGUUGGAAGCAUCUAAGUUGCAGAUGCAUUAAUUAGUUUUAUAAUUCCAUCUGAUUGCUUUGCUUCGAGCUUUGCUUGCAUUGCCUUCAGGCUUCAACCCAGAAAUCCAUCUCGAUAAAGGAUUUGUGUGCUACACAACAAGAUCAAAUUUGUGCUUUCACCUUUUGAAUGACAAUAAUAAUGAAUGACGACUAUUUUUUUUUAUUUACAGAGUUAUUUGUAAGGUAGGUAUUUGAAAAAAAUAAUUGCAUAUAAAUAGGUUUAUUGAAUACAAAGAAAUUGGACGAUGUUGGAGUUCAUUUGCUGUAUGUAAUGUCCAGCGGUUUCCCCCUGAUAGCUCAGUCCCUAGACCUCGUUAGGUUUUCGCUAUAUGAAAGCUAAUGCAUUCCAGCUGUGGAACUAUCAAAAAUUAACUUUGGCAUCCAUUAGGUUGUUACCCAAAAUCGAGCAAAAUCAUUAUUUGUGCUUCAAUUUGGGAAAAAGAUUAAACUCUAUUCCUUGAUGCCCAAGAAGUAAUCCAUAUGCAUUUUUGGUCCCAAAAUAUUUUUAAUCAACAGAUGUCAAAAUUGGUUAUUUAUGCAUUAAUUUUCUCGGGAAAAAGACCAAAUUCGAUUGCUUGAUUCCCAAGAAGUGAUUCAUGUGUAUUUUUGGUGACUAAAAUAUUUGUACACAAAAGAUAUCGAAAUCGUUAUUUAUGCAUGAAUUUCUUUGGGAAAAAGGAAGUGUAAGUUCCAAAUAAGAAGUUUAUGUAAAUAAGGAAUAAUCCUAUGGUGAAACAAAAUUGUUUGUGGUGUAAAUUCUUGUCAUUUCUUCGUCUUGUUAUGUUGAAGUACCUACCUUUGGAACUUAUGUUGUACUUUUACUUCCAGCUAACCCAGGUAAAAAUAGUUUCAGCAUAGGAAAGAAUUUUGUUCAUUUCUAUUUCAUCGAUAUCUCAUUAAUUGUCAAUAAUUUGUAAUCAAAAUUUGGAAGGAUGCUGAUUUAGAAAUGUACACUCCUAUAUGUUUUGGAGAGUUUACGUAAUUCGCUUUCAGACUCCACAAAAUACUCUUUUUACUUUCCUUUGUAGAAUAGCAAUAAUUACAAAAGGUUAACCAACAUUUAAAUACAUUAUUAUUAAUAAACGUUCGAUAUGACGCACACAAAUAAUUUCGAGGUUAAUUUAGUUCACUCGUAUUUCGCAAUCAAAACGCAAAUAAUGAGAAAAAAAUACCUUUUUAAUUGUUGCAAUUGUAGCAGUGGCUGACCUCAGACGGAUGGAACUUUUUACGCCUCGUAUCUAAUUCCCACAGGUCUGUUGUAUUGCCAAUCAAACUUCGCAGAUCUACGUCGACUCAAUGUACCCUUCUCGCCUCUUCUGGUAGACUCGGGGUCUGGGAUAUCUAUACUGCCAUCCCUCGAUUUUCCUGGAUAUCUUGGUACAAUUUCUCCAAAAAGACAAAUUUGAAGCUGUCCCGCAAAAACAACGCAAGCUGGUCAGUAAUACGGCGCUGGGUGUAUAAAAUAAAACGCUGGAUUAUUUCAUCUUCCAUUUAUCAGUAGAAGCUAUUCCAUCUGUUGGUGUAAAGUACGUUCAGAUAAAUAAAGAAACCCCACCACAAGCAACUGCUAUGGACAUAGAUGUAACGAAUAACGUCGAUGCUUCAAGUGCAACCCCGUUUGUACCCCAGCCAGUGGUGGUGGGUAAAUUCAGCGACGCGCAAAAGAUGUUAACUGGUAACCAACAAAGAGUCGUGAUACAAGCAGAUACAAUUUGCCUAAUCGAAACGCCAAAUGAGGAACAUAGAAACGAUGUGAACGUAAAAUCUCUGCUAUCAGAACUGGACGCGCUAAAAAAAAAUUUCAAAACAGAACAAGAGAGAAGCACCAAUUUAUUCAACGCUAACAUCAAUUUGUCCAAACAGUUAGGUCAGGAAAGACAGAAAAAUAUCGGAUUAGAAAAACAACUUCAAAAAACUAUGAACAGUAAAGGAUUGGUUCUCGCCCAGCACGAGCUUCAAUUGAAAAUAAAAGAUUUGCUCAAGGGCACCUUGUCUUCUCAACAGCUGGAUAAAAUUUUGAAUAUUAACAAAAAGGUAAAAUGGGCUAAAGAAGACAUCACGAAAGCGUUUACUUUAAGGUAUCUCAGUAAGAGGGCGUACCUAUUCAUGCAACAGCAGAACUACCCUUUGCCAAACUUGCGCACUUUGCAAAGGUACGCUUCGAUUAACUUAAAACGUGGAUUGAUCGAAGAUGUGCUGACAUUCAUGAAGAUAUCCAGUGAAAAACUGUCAUCACGCGAUAAGACCACGGUGCUCUCAUAUGGUAAAAUGAAGGUCAGUUGUGUGCACGAAUACGAAAAAUCGAACCAUCAAUUACUGGGCCCAUACAAGUUUGUCCAAAUCAUCAUGGCCAAGGGGCUAUGCGCGAACUGGAAGCAGCCCGUGUAUAUGGAAUUCGACCGCGAGAUCACCAAAGAGAUUUUGUGCGAAGUUAUAACGGCGCUGGACAAAAUUUCAUUUAACGUUGUUGCAAUUGUCGACGACUGGGACGGCACUAUGUUGACUCCGUUGGCCAUUUCGAAGACAAGUUUUACUUUUGCACAUCCCUGUACGCAGCUGCCUAUAUUUUAUUUUCCAGACGCCGUGCAUCUGCUAAAGCUUCUUAGAGUCUGGUUAUUGGAGACGGGUUUCCUGCUGCCGAGAGGCGAACUUGUUGGUAAAAUUCCUCUUGAAAAUUUACUGGUAACGAACGACUUGUCGAAGUGGACAAAAGAUUAUUUGCGUGUAAAGAGCGACUCUGAACAGUUAAGCUUACAUUUCGCCACGCAAUUAUUCUCACUUACGACCGCAAAGGUGCUAAGGCGUUACGAAACUGAAGAAUCGACUGCGCUGGCCAAUCUGAUUGAAAUUGUCGUCGCUUGGUACGACAUAAUGAAUUCCAAUCUCGGCACGCAAUCGACGGCCUAUACUCAAUCGAAUGAACAGUUGAGGAAAUUGGAGGAAAUGUAUAAGAUGAUUCGUUCGAUGCGAUGCAUCGGUAAACCAAAUCUGCUGUCAUUUCAAAGACUGAUAUUAAUAUCUAUAAAGUCGCUUCAAUUGUUCUACCAGACGAUGAAAACCAAUUAUAACAUUGGAUUUAUUCUAACUUCAAAAUUGAAUCGACUUUCGUUGGAAAGGCUGUUUGAUGAGAUAAGGAGCUGGGAAGGGGUAAAUGCGUACGAUCCUUCUCCGAUGCAUGUGAUGUACAGAUUAAAGAUAGUGAUGCUAGGCAGAUCGCCAGGUCUUGUUCGGAUGAGCUUAAAUCGUUUACAGAACGACACUACUGAAGAGUAUCUUUCUAGUAGCGUGCUUCAGCAAACGAGCGUGACCUCGCAAGAAGAAUCAUUCGAUGAAAUUGAUGAUUUAGAACUUCCGUUAACACCUUGCACUGCUAAUCAAGGCGUGUUAGACGACGAAGAUGAAUUAAUGGACACAACCAGGUUAUCAGAGCAAUCCGACAAAACUAAUGAACCACCAUGUAACAAAGAGCAACCCCGAUGUAAUGGUGUAUUACCUGAAUCAAGUGAGGAAACUCCUGCUAAUAAUCCAUCAAUUACCAAAUCUGCCACGCGUGGAACAGAAGAGGACGAAGUAAUGCAGAUAUCUAACUGGUUGGCAGAGUGUGAUAAUACAAAAACAAGUAAUGGAAUUCAGUUACCGGAAACGCAAGACCCUCCCCCCAUGUCUACUAAGCAGAAUUCGUCUACCACUGAUAAAUUGGAAAACGAAUUGGCGCCCUCUACUGAACCCCAACAGGGAAGCGCCAAAAUCACAGCACAAGAGAAGAUACGAUCACCAACCCCAUCCACUAACAAUCACUUGAUACUCGCACACCAAAGUGAAGAAAAUCGAUUAAUUCAUCUGUCUGGUUGGCUGGCAGGUAAAUUUAAAAUGCAGUAUCCCGAUUUGGGGACAAGUGCCAAUGGAGGCUGGGACCACGAUUUUGUGGAGUGCACGAACAACGAACGGUGCGGGGGCUUAGCGGAGCCAUCCCUCAAAUUAAUAAAGAACAUUAGAAUUAUAGAACAUUUAUUUAGCAAAUUAAAUAAGCACGGGUUUCCCAAUAAGAAAAAUGUUGCGAAAAUUCUCUUGUUUCAUUGUCAAGAUAAGGUUGAUUUACCCGAUGAGGUCAUUGAGGAGUAUGUUAAGCGGAGGCUAGAUUUAGAAAAUUAAGUAUGGUGUAUAAAAUAA